AUGAAAAUCUCAAUUUUUGGCUUGUUUAUUGUAUUUGCGGUUUUGGUGAUGAUUGGUGAGUUUUUUGGGUGGAAAAUUUGAAAAAUUCACACAAAAAAUCUCGGGGACUAGGUUUUGCAUAGUGUAAAACCUAGUCCCCGGGUAUUUUUUCAUGAAAAUUCGAGAUUUUCCGGUUAGAAACCUAGAAAUCUGGUUUCAACAUGAAAAAUUCAAAAAUUUUGCACUGGAAACCUCGGGGACUAGGAUUUGCAUAGUGUAAAACCUAGUCCCCGGGUAUUUUGUAAGAAAAUUCGAGAUUUUUCGGUUAGAAACCUUGAAAUUCAGCUAGAAAUCUGGUUUUCGCAUGAAAAAUUCGAAAAUUUGCCAUACAAAAUUUUGGGGACUAAGUUUUGCAUGGUGUGAAACCUAGUCCCCGGGUAUUUUGUAUGAAAAUUUGAACUUUUCAUAAAAAUUGCAAAUUUUAGACUAAGUUCUGCUAAAACCGAUCGAUUUAUCCUAAAUUUCAGAAUCUAGACUAGCUUUUCAGCAUAAAUCCUGAUUUUCCCAUGAAAAAUGACCUAGAGCACGUUUUUCAAGCCCAGAACUUGAAAAAUCAAUGUUUAUUCAAAUUUUAAGGUCAAAAUCUUAUCUCCUGCUGAAAAUUGACCUAGAUUUCAUUCAAUAUUCUAAUUUUUGAGUCAAAAAUCAAGUAUUCUAUGAGAAAUCUGAUAGAAAAUCCGAUUUCCACCUCAAAAAUCGAUAAUUUUUCAGUAGACGCUCAGCGGGGAGGCGGUGGACGUGGUGGAGGAAGCCGAGGAGGCGGGGGUAGUCGAGGCGGAGGUCCCCGCGGAGGCGGCGGAGGUCGCCGUGGAGGCGGCGGACCUUCUCGCGGAGGAUUUCACAAUUGGGGCGGACGCGGAUUCCACCAUGACCAUCAUGAUUUCCACAGCCGCGGAGGCGGCGGUGGCGGACUUUUCGGCCUACUUUUUGGCGGUGGAGGCCCACGGUAUUAUGGCUACAACAGUGGCUACCGGCCAUACUAUAACAAUUAUCACUCUUAUGCUAACUCUAAUACAUGCCGUGUGGUGAGAUUGGUGGAUUAUGUUGACACAACUCCAAGAUAUUAUUGUGAUUGUCCACCUUUUGCUCCUAAUUAUCAAUAUUUUAAUUGUGUACCUAUGGCUACGGGAAAAUAG